AUGAGGGUUUCAGUGAUUCAGCAUUCCCAGGAACUCAGACAAGAACUGGCCUUUCCCUCUGUAAGGCAGGGGCUGCAGCAGCUUGCCGGAGCCAACAUGGCCUCACAGAGCAGUGAGGACAUCAUCAAGCUGUCGAGGGAGGAGCUGGAGGCCCUGAAAGCUGCCUUUGAGGAGGGGAACCUCGCUGGAGUGGCCUCCAGGCUGCAGGAGAUGCUGGAGUCGCUGGAGAGCGUCCAGCUGGAUGUCGGCAUCACGGGCGAGACCGGCUCCGGGAAGUCAUCCUUCGUCAAUGCUCUCCGGGGCCUGGGUGAUGAGGAUGCAGGUGCCGCCCGCACCGGUGUGGUGGAGACCACCAGGGAGCCGACUCCAUACCAGCAUCCUCGGUACCCCAACGUGACCAUCUGGGACCUGCCGGGGAUUGGCACACCCGAUUUCCACCCCGAUACCUACCUGGAGCAGGUCGGCUUCUCGCGCUACGACAUCUUCUUCAUCAUCGCCUCGCAGCGCUUUACUGCCAACCAUGCUGCUCUGGCCCGCCACAUCCAGGCCAUGGACAAGAGUUUCUACUUCGUCCGCUCCAAGGUGGACAUGGACCUGGAUUCCUCCCUCAGGCGCCGGCCAUCCAGCUACAGCGAGGUGGGGGUGCUGCAGGAGAUCCGGCAGAAUUGCCUGGAGGGUCUGCGGGCCCAAGGCAUCCGCUCGCCCCAGGUCUUCCUCCUCUCGGCUUUUGAUCUCAGCAAGUACGACUUUCACCUCCUGGGGGAGACGCUGGAGAGGGAGCUGAGCCACCACAAGCGGCACACCUUCCUGAUGGCCCUGCCCAACAUCUCCCUGCACAUCCUGGAGAAGAAAAAGGCAGCAAUGUUGGAGCACAUGUGGUUGGUCUCCAUCGUGGCCUGCGGUGUCCACGCCGUGCCCAUCCCAGGGCUUCUGAUCUCCUGCGAUGUGGACGUACUGGCCAGGACCCUGCAAGGUUACUGCAAGGGCUUCGGCCUGGACGAUGACUCUCUGGAGAAGCUGGCGGCACAAAUGGGGCAGCCGGUGGAGCAGAUGAAGGCCGUGAUCGAGUCACCGUUGGCCAAGGAGAUCUCCAACAUCCUGGUGGUGCAGCUGUUGAUACAGGCAGGCAGCGAGGCACCUAAGCUAGCCAAUGAGGUGCUGAGCUCUGUCCCGCUCCUGGGCUCGCUUGCAUCCGGAGCAUUGUCUUUUGCCACCACGUACAAGAUGCUGAGGAGCUUUGUGAAUGCGGUGGCUGCUGAUGCCCAGAAGGUGCUUAUUAAAGCCUUCAACUUGGAUGCUAAGAAGUGAGCCAGAAAGGAGGAGAGAGAGAGGUUGAAACACCUUCUGUGAGGCAAGGGACCAAAAUCCAGUGCCAGGUGCAGACAGGACUCCAGCAUCCCCUGGAAAUCCCUCGAGCUUCCUACCUGAUGUCAGAAUUUCAUUCCGGAGCUGGAUAUAAAAUCCAUGAUUGAAUUUCUAAAGUUUCUGCUGCAUUUGUUACUUUGCUAUUUAAAUAUCAAAUAUCAGAGCUGGUUCUGUUGUCACUGACGCUGGUGCAAAUCAAGGGUGAGUGUGUUGUAUACCAGGAGUAACUCUGUUGUAAAUACUUCUCUGUAAACCAAAAGUAAGUCCAUCUUAAAUAUGUCAUCAUAACCUGUGGGUAAUUCCAUUAUAAAUAGAUAUUUCAUUGUAAACUGGUCAUAACUCUGUUGUAAAUACCACUGUAAACCAGGAGUGUAACAGAUGUCAAUACUCUGUUGUAA